CUUGCCUUGUGCUUACAGCUUUGCUUGGUCACACAGUAUAACAUGUCAGAUAGGGUUAAGAGCUUUUCAGUGGGAUAUAAUCCCAUAAACCACAGUGAUAUUUUCACCAGUGGUGACUGUAUUACAGGACACAUUACACUAGAACUGUCAAAAGACUGCAAAAUAGAUUCACUCAGUGUAAAGCUGAAGGGAAAAGCACAAGUCAAAUGGACUGAAACGCAUGGGAGGACAAUCGUAAUGUACAGUAACAAAGAGAAGUACUUCAGUAUCAAGCAAGUUAUCAUUCAGGAGGGCCAGGGUAAUAAUGUUGUUGGCCAGGGCUCCCAUGUCUACCCUUACAACUUCCAGAUCCCUGCAGAAGACCUGCCAUCCUCCUUCAAAGGCUCAUAUGGAAAGAUACAGUACACACUGGAGGCAAAUCUGAGCAGGUCAAUGAGAGUAGACACCAAAGCUAAGGUGAAGUUCACUCUCCUUUGCAAAGGAAACCUGAACAGUGAUCCAUUGCUGAUGACUCCACAGCACAGUAUCACUAAUAAAAAAAUGAAGCUCUUUACAUCGGGGACAGUAGGCAUGGAUGUAAACAUUGCACGAACAGGCUACUACCAAGGGGAAGGCAUAAAGGUUGUGACAUCCAUUCAGAACAGAUCAUCUCGUGACAUCAAGCCCAAAUACUGUCUGUAUUUAAAGUGCAGUUAUUUUGCAAAGAGGAAGAGGAAAGUGGAAACCAAAGACAUCCUGAAAGAGGUGGGUGACGCCAUCCCACCUUCUGCAGGUCAGACUGUCACCAGGAUCAUCACCAUCCCUCCCACCACGUGUGCGUCCAUCUUAAACUGCAACAUCAUCAAAGCAGAGUACAGACUCAGGGUCUAUCUGGAUGUCAAGUAUGCUUCAGACCCCGAGAUCAAGUUCCCAAUAGUGAUUCUGCCCGCUUUACAGGGGCCUGAUGAUGGGGAGCAUCUGCCUGCUUAUCCUACCUUCUCCCAUUUUGCUUAGUCCCUGUUAUCCAGGCAAAGGGCAAGAAUGAUUUAUGUCAUGAAUGAGUCUCAUCAUGUGACUCAUUCAUCACAUGCUGAUUGAUUAAUGAUGUAAGUUGUUUCACUGGACUGGAGGUUUUUUUAUCCACCCAAUGUAUUUCAAAGAGAGUCUUUGCCUGUCAACUGAUUUCAUAUGAACAAGACAGCUCUGACAUUUAAGGUGGUAAAGUUCAUACCUGUGUAAACUGAUGAAAAUAACACCUUCCCAUCUGUUUUUUUGUUGCUGUGUGAAACAGAUUACAGUUUAGCAUUUUGAAUGAAAGAUUAUUAUAGGGGUAAUAUUAACAUCAGUUUAAUACACCUACAGCAAACAGUCCAAUAAAUUCUACCAUUAAGAAACCAUAAUGUCCAAGUUUAUUUGACACAACAUGUGUGUUUGGAUUGCAUUUACUGGAAGGUAAUAAUUUGCCCUUGCCCACUGAGAUGAAAACAGCCAGAAACCAUCUGAAAAUA